UGUCUUAGCUGAGGCUGGGGCCAAGCAGUGGAGGGCGGAGGGAAGUCUGCAUGAGCAAAGCAUCCUCCAGGGUCCUGAGAAUCCAGAGGCAGCUCCUCCUGCUGCUGGGAAGGGCUCCGGACACCUUCAGCCCUUGUUGCCUGCCCUCUGAGGCUCAAGCCAGAAGCUCAGGGUGCUUGCUGGGUUGCUGACACAGCCACGGAGCUGGUACCCUCAGGACCCCCUGCCCGUCUUCUCUCCGCUCCCCAGCAUGGAGGAGGGUGGCGAAUUCGACAACUACUAUGGGGCAGACAACCAGUCUGAGUGUGAGUAUACAGACUGGAAGUCCUCGGGGGCCCUCAUCCCUGCCAUCUACAUGCUGGUCUUCCUCCUGGGCACUUCUGGCAAUGGCCUGGUGCUCUGGACCGUGUUUCGGAGCAGCCGCGAGAAGAGGCGCUCGGCUGACAUCUUCAUUGCCAGCCUGGCGGUGGCCGACCUGACUUUUGUGGUGACCCUGCCGCUGUGGGCCACCUACACGUACCGGGACUAUGACUGGCCCUUUGGUACCUUUGCCUGCAAGGUCAGCAGCUAUGUCAUCUUUGUCAACAUGUACGCCAGUGUCUUCUGCCUCACCGGCCUCAGCUUCGACCGAUACCUGGCCAUCGUGAGGCCAGUGGCCAAUGCUCGGCUCAGGCUGCGGGUCAGCGGGGCUGUGGCCACGGUGGUCCUGUGGGUGCUGGCCGCCCUCCUGGCCACGCCGGUCAUGGUGUUCCGCUCCACUGGGGACCUGGACAAUACCACCAAAGUGCAGUGUUACAUGGACUACUCCAUGGUGGCGACCUCGAGCUCCGAGUGGGCCUGGGAGGUGGGCUUGGGGGUCUCGUCCACCGCUGUGGGCUUCGUGGCACCCUUCAUCAUCAUGCUGACCUGUUACUUCUUCAUCGCCCAAACCAUCGCCGCCCACUUCCGCAAGGAGCGCAUCGAGGGCCUGCGGAAGCGGCGCCGGCUGCUCAGCAUCAUCGUGGUGCUGGUGGUGACCUUCGCCCUCUGCUGGAUGCCCUACCACCUGGUGAAGACGCUCUACAUGCUGGGCAGCCUGCUGCACUGGCCCUGUGACUUCGACCUAUUCCUCAUGAAUGUCUUCCCCUACUGCACCUGCAUCAGCUAUGUCAACAGCUGCCUCAACCCCUUCCUCUACGCCUUCUUCGACCCCCGUUUCCGCCAGGCCUGCGCCUCUAUGCUCUGCUGGGGUGAGAGCAGGUGUGGGGCUACCUCCCACAGCAGCAGCGGGGAGAAGUCGGCCAGCUACUCCUCGGGGCACAGCCAGGGGCCCGGUCCCAACUCGGGGAAGGGCGGAGAGCAGACGCAUGAGAAAUCCAUCCCCUACAGCCAAGAGACCCUUGUGGUUGACUAGGGCUGGGAUCCAAGAGAAGCCCCGUGCCCUCUGCCCUGCCUCAGCCUUUGCCGUUGCUCUCUGAAAGUCAGGUAGCAUGAAGGCGCCUUCUCUCUUGCACUUGACUCCUUUCCCUGCUCCCUGUCUCUCUCCUCCGUCUUGUCCUCCUUUCUCCUCUAUUCUUGUCCAGAGGUUUGUGGAUUGGUGGAAGGAGGCUGCGCCCUGCUGGCUCGUGCUCUGCAACUCAGUAUCUGUGCAACUGACCUUGCACAAGUCUCUUACCUCUCUGAGCCUCAGUUUCUCCAUUUGUAUAAAAUGGGAGAAGUCAUACUGACACUAAAAUGUUGAUGUGCGUAUCCUGGCUCAAUAAAAGUUCAU